AUGGCCCCUCAAGACCUCGAUAAAUGUCCCGAGCGGAAAUGCGGGUUCCAGGCCACCGCAGACUGCACCCUUUUUCAGCAUUUCAACAAUAAUCAUGGACCGCCAGUCCUGAUGCCAUGCGGAGUGUACACAAUCUGCACCGACCAUCACUUUCGAAACCACAGAACGUCCUGUGAACUUUGCCGACAGCGAAUUCCGGUCCCCAUUGCGGCAGAGGAGGUCCCCGUACCGUCUAUCGAGGGCGAUGGAAGUGUCGACUCCGAGGGCACUCCUGAAGGCGAACUUCAAGCCCGACCCGUACAUCAUGGCGGGAUAGUCAUCAAUGGCACGAACAACGGCAACAUCUAUCAGACGGUUAGAUGCGGCUCUUCGGCCUGCUCCGCUAGUCCCUCGAACUAG